AUGAUUAAUGUUAAUAUAGGAGUAUUAGGACAUGUAGAUUCUGGGAAAACAAGUUUAUGUCGAUGUUUAAGUGAAGUUUUGAGCACCUGUGCUUUGGAUAAGCAUAGGCAAAGUCAAGAAAAGGGAAUAACCAUUGAUCUUGGAUUUUCAUCAUUUUACAUAAAAAAAAAAAAAAGCCAAACUUCAACUAGCCAAACUACAACUAGCCAAAAUCAACAUGGAGAAAUUCAAAAUAAUAAAAUAGUACCCAAACAUGGACCAAAUAAAAAUGAAUGCAUUCCUGACCAAAAUGACGUAAAAAAAGAGGAUAUUAAUAAUGAUUGUGAAAUAGAAAAUAUUCAAAAUAUAUCAGACGAAAAUGAGUUAAUACAAAUAUGCUUAGUAGAUUGUCCUGGCCAUCAUUCUCUAAUAAAAUGCAUAGUAAUGGGGGCAAAAAUUAUGGAUAUGAUUUUUUUAGUUAUAGAUAUAAAUAAAGGGAUACAAAAACAAACAAUAGAGUGCUUAGUUUUAUGCCAAUUUGUAAAAAGUGAUAUUAUUAUUAUUCUAAAUAAAAUUGAUUUAAUACCUUUACAUGAAAGAGAAAAAAAAAUUAACACCAUGAAAAAAAAAAUUAAAGACGCAAUAAAUAGAACAUCUCUAAAAAAGUUGUCAUAUUACAUAGUUAGCUUAUCUGCUAACAAGAAAAAUCAAAAUGAUAACGAAAAAAUAGAUCAUGUUGAAAUUGAAGAAAAUGCGAUUUCUAUGUGUAGAAACAAUCCAAAUGAAAUUAAUCCUCGUUUCAACAUUCUAAAAAAAGAAAAACAUACAAGCGAAAAUAUAAAUGAACUUAUAGAAUUAUUAAAAAGUGUUAUAAAAAUUCCAGUAAGAGAAACAAAUCCAAGUUUUGAAGAUUUUUAUUUUUUAUAUGACCAUUCAUUUGAAAUAAAGGGGAAAGGUAUGGUAUAUACAGGAACUGUUAUAAAAGGUAAAAUAACAAUAAAUUCGAAUAUUUCUAUAUUGCCUUUAAAUAUAAAAGGAAAAAUUAAAGAUAUACAAAGUUUUAAAAAAAAACAAAAAGAAGGUACAUCAGGUAAUAGGUUAUCAUUUUUAAUAUCACAUGAUAAUAUUAAAAAUUUGAAAAAAGUAGAAAGAGGCAUAAUUGUUCAUGAAAAAUCAAAUAUAUGCAAUUUUACUGUAUUUAUUUGUAAAAUAAAAUUAAUAGAAUUUUAUAAAAAAAGUAUAAAAAAUAAAGAAUUGUUAACAUGCAUAAUUGGUUUUGCUUCAUCACAUUCUUAUGGCUUUUUUUUUAAAAAGUUAAAAACAGACCCCGAAAAGGAGCAAACUAUUAAUGGGCAUAAUAAUGGGCAUAAUAAUGGGCAUAAUAAUGGGCAUAGUAAUGGGCAUAGUAAUGGGCAUAAUAAUGGGCAUAGUAAUGGGCAUAGUAAUGGGCAUAAUAAUGAACAGAAUAACGGACAGAAUAAUGGGGAAAGAGAUUCUACUUGCCUUUCAAACAAUAUUGGAUUUGAUAGGAAUGGAAAUUACUUAAUUAUUGACGAGGUGGAAUAUCUUAACCACAUAAAUGAUGAAACAGUUUCAGAAAACGAUUUAUUCGAAGAUGAAAAAGACGAAGAAAUAUAUUUCUUAGUUAUCUUAAAAAAAAAAAUGUACGGAUUUAAUGGAGAAAAAUGUAUAUUUUUAAAAAAUGAUGAAAAUAUCAACUGCAGAAUAUGCUUACAUGGAAAUAUAGUAGACAUAAUUAAAGAUAGUGCAAUAAAUUCCCAAAUUAAUAAUUCCACAUUUGUUAUGAACAAAAAGCCAUGUUUAAAUGAACAUGAGGAUUAUAAAAAUUUAAAAAUAAUGAAAGAAAAGGAAAAAAUUGGAUUAAUUGAAAAAGUAAUUGAUAAUACUACUUUAUUAUGCAAAAAUGUUUUUACCUCUUCAAAUCAAGUCACAGCUUAUUUGACACAAAAAAUUUAUCUCAUACCCUUAGAACAUCAAAAAAAUAAAAAUGUGUGCAAAACAGCAACCAUUGGCUAUAUAGCCAAAUCUUUUGCAAAAAAUGGAAAAUUCAUUGUUCAUUUUGAUGAUGAUAUUUCGCAUAUUAAGGAUAAUAUAAAAUCGUACAUAAUUAUGAUUAAGUAUUACAAAGACAUUUUCACAAAAAAAAAAAUUUUCAUGUAA